AUGGCCUGUGGCUGUGUCUUGAGAGGCUUGAGGCAGAACAUGCAUUACACGGCAGUAUCUGAGGCCUCUGGUCUGUGUCAUGUGUUGAGGAAGGAGGGAUGGAAGUUCCUGCUGGGCUACUUCCCCUGGGAGAGCACCCAGGAGGAGAGGAGUCGUCUGACCGAGAGGAAAACGGAUGAGUACUUCCGUAUGAAGCUCCAGUGGAAGUCAGUGAGUGAGGAGCAGGAGAAACACAACAGCAUGUUUAGAGACCACAGGAGUCUAAUAGAGAAAGACGUGGACAGGACAGACAGGACCAACCCUUUCUAUGAAGGACCAGACAACCCAGGACUGAUUCUGCUGCACGAUGUCCUCAUGACCUACUGCAUGUAUGACUUUGACCUGGGCUAUGUCCAGGGUAUGAGUGACCUGCUGUCUCCGAUCCUCUAUGUGAUGGAGAACGAGGUGGACGCCUUCUGGUGCUUUGUCUCCUUCAUGGACCAGAUGCACCAGAACUUUGAGGAGCAGAUGCAGGGUAUGAAGACUCAGCUGAUCCAACUCAGCACUCUGCUACGCCUACUGGACCUGUCCUUCUGGAACUAUCUGGUGGCCCAGGACUCUGGUCACCUGUACUUCUGCUUCCGCUGGCUCCUGAUUCGCUUCAAGAGAGAACUGAGUUUCCCUGAUGUCCUGCGUCUUUGGGAGGUAAUGUGGACUGGGCUGCCGUGCCAGAACUUCCACCUGCUGGUGUGCUGUGCCAUCCUGGACUCAAAGAAACACCAGAUUAUGGAGGAACAAUACGGCUUCAAUGAGAUCCUCAAGCUCAUAAAUGAACUGUCGAUGAACCUGGACAUCGGGGCCAUCCUCAACAAAGCUGAAGCUAUAUGCCUGCAGCUGAAGAGUUGUAAGGAUUUGCCCAACUCAGUGGUUGAGAUCCUUGGAUUCAACAGCACAGACACUGAGUCAUCAUCCCAGUCAGAGGACACUGAGAGAACGGAAAGACCAGACUCUCCCGAACCUUGUACACCGUCAGACGACCAGCAGGACUUAGUCUCUGACUACAGCCCCAGCGGCAACAACAGACACUUACGGGACGCAGCGCGUGACGUUUACAAAUUAGCCUACCUAUCGUAGCCAGCCUGGCUAACAGUAGUCUCUCAUCCAGUGAGAGCGUUGGUUCUGGUGGCUGAGAUGGGGCUCACAGCCUAGUGAAAAAGGUGGAUUGCCUCUCUUCCACCUCACAGACAGAGGAGAGAUAGGAAACGGCUUCUCGGGGCAGUAUCUUUAUAAUAGAGCCCAAGAGGUAUUCAUUUAAAGGAAGUUUUGCAAAUCAAAUCAUUUUUGUAAUGAUUCUCUGUCUGUUAAUCAUCUAAUUUUUCUUGUUAGAGGUUGGUCUUUGAGUUUUUAGGAUAUUGCUCCUUAAUGCCCCUGACUCCAAGGUAUUUAGUGUUCAGCAGAUUGCCCCUGACUCCAAGGUAUUUAGUGUUCAGCAGAUUGCUCCUUAUUGCCCCUGACUCCAAGGUAUUUAGUGUUCAGCAGAUUGUUCCUUAUUGCCCCUGACUCCAAGGUAUUUAGUGUUCAGCAGAUUGCCCCUGACUCCAAGGUAUUUAGUGUUCAGCAGAUUGCUCCUUAUUGCCCCUGACUCCAAGGUAUUUAGUGUUCAGCAGAUUGCUCCUUAAUGCCCCUGACUCCAAGGUAUUUAGUGUUCAGCAGAUUGCUCCUUAUUGCCCCUGACUCCAAGGUAUUUAGUGUUCAGCAGAUUGCCCCUGACUCCAAGGUAUUUAGUGUUCAGCAGAUUGUUCCUUAUUGCCCCUGACUCCAAGGUAUUUAGUGUUCAGCAGAUUGCCCCUGACUCCAAGGUAUUUAGUGUUCAGCAGAUUGCUCCUUAUUGCCCCUGACUCCAAGGUAUUUAGUGUUCAGCAGAUUGCUCCUUAAUGCCCCUGACUCCAAGGUAUUUAGUGUUCAGCAGAUUGCCCCUGACUCCAAGGUAUUUAGUGUUCAGCAGAUUGUUCCUUAUUGCCCCUGACUCCAAGGUAUUUAGUGUUCAGCAGAUUGCCCCUGACUCCAAGGUAUUUAGUGUUCAGCAGAUUGUUCCUUAUUGCCCCUGACUCCAAGGUAUUUAGUGUUCAGCAGAUUGCUCCUUAUUGCCCCUGACUCCAAGGUAUUUAGUGUUCAGCAGAUUGCUCCUUAAUGCCCCUGACUCCAAGGUAUUUAGUGUUCAGCAGAUUGCUCCUUAAUGCCCCUGACUCCAAGGUAUUUAGUGUUCAGCAGAUUGCUCCUUAAUGCCCCUGACUCCAAGGUAUUUAGUGUUCAGCAGAUUGCCUCUGACUCCAAGGUAUUCAGUGUUCAGCAGAUUGCUCCUUAAUGCCCCUGACUCCAAGGUAUUUAGUGUUCAGCAGAUUGCUCCUUAUUGCCUUGUUAAUCUUGACUUGUUAAUCGCUCCUGACGCGUGUGAAUAGUCAAAUGUAAUGCUGAAGUAGUUGACAUUUAAAUAGAGGUGGAAGGGCUGAGGAAUGGAUAAGGUUUUAUAUAAACAGGGCUUAUUAUAUUUCACUGUAGUAUUCAGCUAAUAGGAGCCCUACUGUAGGUGUAAUUCAAUUAUAACUAUUUAAGGAAGAUGUGGUUGUAUUAUCUCAAGGCCACUGUCCUCUACCAACUGAAAAGGAUUUUCUGCCCUGCAGCCCAUUAACAUGGAUUAUACACAGUGUACAAAACAUUAAGAACACCUGAUCUUUACAUAACAUAGACUGACCAGGUGAAUCCAGGUGAAAGAUAUGAUCCCUUAUUGAUGUCACU